AUGACGGGCCCUGGCGCAUUCAUCUGCAGCAAGAACAAUGCCCGACCGCACAUUGCCACUGACAAUGCUGUGUUAGUUCAGCAUGCUGCCGCUGGUGGAUGGGAUUUCCGACUAAUGUGCCAGCCACCACAGUCCCCAGACUUCAACGUGCUGGACCUUAACUUCUACUCGAUUCAGGUCCUGCUGGUCGAGUUGAUUGCAGCAUUGGAAGAACCGUUCGCGUCCCUACCUUGCGAGACCUUGGAAAAGACCUUACAAACGUGGAAGCGUGUUAUGCAUGUGGCUAUCGACAUCAAUGGCGACAAGGAACUUAAGAUUUCAUGCCUCAAGGCGACCGAGGGAGACGUUAUUGCUUUGGAAAUGAUGAGCUUGCGUCUCGAAGAGAACGAUAGAAUGUAUGAACUGUCAUCUCUGGUCAAUGUCAUGGAAGUGUAA